CGAAUUCUGGAUCUAAUUCUGGAAUCUGUAACCACGCGUGUGUCUUACGGAGCGGUUUUUUUUUGGGACAAGUUUUGAUGCCGCUUCACGUUACUGACUGUCGAAUGGUCGACAUGAAGGGCAGGCUUGACUUUCAUUAAUUUAUUUUUAACGUUUGUACAAUGAUGUGUGCAGUAAAACAUAUAAAGUGUUAUAUAUGUGCUUUUAUUUGUACGAACAGUCUUUUGUGCAUUAAUUCUUAACAUUAACAUAUUGUGCUAUUAAAAAUUUUGCUUUCACUACCUGUAAAUUUAUAAUAUUGCAAAAAGAAGGCUUCAAAAUUACACGCCUAUAUAUAUAGCAUAUGUAUAUACAUACAUCCAUCCAAAAUGACUCUUACAUUCUUUAAAACUCUGUCAAAUCUGCAAAUGCAAAUCAACAUUUUUAUCGACGAAGUAGACAAUGUUGAUUAUCAAUAUAAAGCGGUCAGGCUUGAAAGCUUCAAAAAUUGGCCGAUAACAUACAUAAAGCCUGAGAAGCUUGCGGCUGCUGGCUUUUAUUUUACAGGUCAAGAUGACAAGGUUAAAUGUUUUGAUUGUCGUUUAGAAUUAUACAAAUGGAAGGAAGGGGAUGAUCCAAUGAUGAAUCACAGAAGUUUUUCCCCCACGUGCAGAUUUAUUUGCAAUGUUCCUUACAAUAUAUUAGUUGACUUCGAACUCAGUACCAGUUUAUCAAAGGACAAGGAAACACAAAUACUGACAAAGGAAGACACAAAUGCUUCUGGAUUAUCCAACAUGGAACGUGAUUGGUUUACGAAUAAAUUAGAAAUGGCCAAACAUCCUUAUUAUUCCAUGUAUUCACUUCGUCUUGACACUUUUCAAAACUGGCCAACUUCGAAAACGCAAACCAAGGAGCAGUUGGCGGAAGCGGGAUUUUUUUACGCAGGAAACCAUCAGAACAACGAUCACGUAUUAUGUUUCUAUUGUGGCUUAGGCUUAGGUGAUUGGCAAAACGGCGAUAAUCCUUGGAAAUUGCACGCUUUAUGGAUGCCUGACUGCUUUUAUUUACUUGAAAUUAAAGGUCAGGAAUAUGUGAACAGUUUUCAGAUUUCCGAAGAGUCUUACUUAAGACAAAUUGAAACGCAGCUGUCACAGGACAUUGAAGCAACGUCAUCAGAAUCGGCAAUCAAAGAGAAUUCUGGCUCUAAUUCUGGAAUCUCCAACAUUUCUAGUGAUGUGGAAAGUAUGUUACGUAAUAUGUCGACAUUGUCAGUUAAAGAUAACAGCAAUAUUACAAAAUCAUCGCAUACAAAAACGAAAAGUUCUUCAUCCAUUGCUGAAUCCACUGAGAAGUUGUUGUGUGAAUUUUGUUAUGAUAAUAAGCGAGACAUAGCGUUUAUGUCGUGCAUGCAUAUAGUAGCUUGCUUCAAAUGUUCGAAAAAAUUUGAGAUAUGUCCUAUAUGUCGUCAAAAAAUAUUGUAUAGGAUGCCAGUGAAAUUAGUAUAGUAUCUCGCUACUGGAAUUUUUUAACAAAGAUUUAAUACACGGAACUGACUUCUUUUCUCUUAAGUUUUGCCGUACACGAAAAAAAAUUUUCGUGUACGGCAAAAACACGACAAAUUUUAUGCUGUUAUAGCAAAAUGUCGCUGAGUAUGGAUAGCAAAAAGAGAUUUGUUACAAAUAUUAUUUUUUAAUUUUUUGCUAAAAAUAAUAUUGCUAAAUCUGCAAAUGAUGUGACUAUUGUAACAAAUUCAUUUCUAUUAGUAGCGAUAAUUUAGCUGCGAUAGCAAAAUGCAUUUGUUAGAAAUAGAUAAUUUUACACCAGGAAAAUUAAUGUUUUUUUGCAAACAAUUGUAUUAAUUGUAAGCAAAAUUCAUUUAUUCUGCCAAUAAAGAUUUUGCUAGGUAACAAAUUAUCUGAAAAAUUAUUGUAAUGAUUAUAGUAAUGAUUAUAAAUUAUGUAAUGAAAUUUUGUUGCUAUCAAUAUGUAAUAGCAUAUCGACGACGAUUUUGUUUGUACAAUAACAAAAUUUUUUUUCGUGUGUUAGGAUUUUGGACAUGAAACAAAUAUCUACAUAAUCAUUUCCACAUGAUGCACUUGAUAAAAUUAAUAAUUUAUUCCCAUACGUUGCUGUUUACAAAUUUCUCGCAGUUUUGUGUAAAGUAAACAUGUAAUUAUUUCAAUUUCGAAAGACUGAAUUACAAAUAUUCAUGAUUACAUUUUUAUAAAUAGAAAAGUUUUAACAAUUGUGUGUGUAAAUUUGUAAUAAACUGACGUCUGAAUAAAUAUUUUUGGCAAAUAUUGUGCAAGUCUUGACAUAAAGAACACAUCCUUCGAUAACACCGUCCAAACGUUCGGACAACGUUUACAGAAUAUAUCGAUAUGUUACCGUAUAAAAAAUAAGCUGUUUUAAUAUAUCCUUUUGUUAUAUCUUAUGACGUAAAAACCACCAAUCGUUCGUUCAAUAAAUUAUUGCUUUCAGUUAUAGCUUCGUUUUAUCCACAACUCGAUUUAUUUCAGACAGUGAAAAAAAUGCAUUACUUAUUUUCGCAAUUGUAAUACUUCGUGUGCUCUCCUCGAACAUCUACAUACAUUUCUUUCUCUCGUAUUAUUCAUAUUUGUUGAUGAAAUCAAUAUUCAUUGAUAAUCAAUAUUCAUUGACCAGAUACUUACAAUCUUGCAUAACGAGGAA